UGUUAUUGUUCCCGCGGAGGCACUCUAAGCGUGACGCCUGGCGCCGGGAGACGGAGGCGUGCAUGUGGGCUGCCGUUGCCGUUGCCGGAGCGACACCAACCCGAUGGGAUGGCUGAUUUCCAAGAGAAUAUGCGAGCUGCAGAGACCUAUCAUCCUGGGUGCCCACCAGGACUCUUCGGUGGAUCACGAUUGCAUCCUGGGAUCGAGGCGUCUUUGACGUCUUCCUAUGAUCAGUACGAUAUGUGGCAAGACAUCGAGACGGUGAUCCUGGGUGUGGGCGUGGGCGCGCCGCUGGCCGACUGCUACGCGCCUGCGGGGGCGGCGGAGGCGGGCCGCGACCAGCAGGUGCCGGUGGUGUCCCCGGGCGCGCUCUACGCCAGCCCGUCGCCCGCCGACGACGAAGCCGCCAAGCCGGACACCGCCUCCUUCUAUUUCCCGCCUGCCGCCCCCGCGUCCGGCAAGGUGAAGCUGGAGGCGGCUCACCACCAUCACCACCACCACCACCACCACCAGGAGGCCGCGACAGCGUACCACCGGCCCGUGGCCACCUUCCCCUACUCGACGCCGACGUCCUCGUCGUCGGGGACGGGCCCCGGGCAGCACUUCCCGCAGCCGACGGCCUACCCGGGCCAGUACGGUGCGCCCGCCCCCGCAGCUGCGGCCGCGGCCGUGCCCUCGGGCCACGUGCCCUUCGGCCAGAUCUCGCCUCCCGCUACGCCGGAGAAUUGCCCCGGCUUCUACCUGCACCACCACCACGCGCCAGCCGCCGGCUACGGCGACGUGUACCACCACGGCCGGCACCCUCACCCGCACCCGCACUUCAAGAUCCUGACGCCGCCGUCAUCGCCGCACCUGCCCUUCCUGGGCCGCCAGCCCCUGGCGCCGCCCCCGCCGCCCCCGCCGCCGGCCCAGCCGCCCGCGCCCGCCGCGCCCGGUGGCGCCGUUCCCAAGCCGCGGCGCCGACGCAACUGGAGCCGGCGCAAGGUGAUCGUGCACACGUGCUCCCACCCGGGUUGUGGCAAGACGUACACCAAGUCGUCGCACCUGAAGGCGCACCUGCGCACGCACACGGGCGAGAAGCCGUAUCAGUGCGGCUGGAAGGGCUGCGGCUGGAAGUUCGCGCGCUCCGACGAGCUGACGCGCCACUACCGCAAGCACACGGGCGACCGGCCCUUCCAGUGCCGCCUGUGCGAGCGCGCCUUCUCGCGCUCCGACCACCUGUCGCUGCACAUGAAGAGGCAUAUGACCAUGUAGUCGCCGCCGCCGCUCUCGUCGUUAGUGACAAACUAGUCAGCAAGGCCAGAAUUUCUUUCAUAUAAAUACUGUACAUAUCUGCACUACAAAAUGAAGUACCCGGACGGUCGAGUCAAAUAGAAAAGUCGAACACGUGUCGUAAAUAACUAAAAACAAGAGAUGCCCUGUUGUUUUCAUAAUAAAGCUGAAAGCCUAAGGCGACCUUUGUAUUUUCGGAAAAGAAUCAUAUUAGGGCCACUGUGUUGUACACAAUGUUUGCGAGGUAAGAAACGUGAAACUGGGUUCCGUUUGAAAGAGUGAUGUUGCUUAGUCAUAAGUGACUGGACUCGGAUUUGGUGGGACAUCGGUUCGAGUUGUCAUCUGGCCAUCCAGAUUUAGAUUUCUCGUGGUUCUCUUAAAUCGCUCAAAGCAAAUGCCACGAUGAUUCCUUUGAAAAGAACAAGAUGGUUUCCUUUCUCAUUUUUCCCCUAUCAUCCUUCCUGUGUUCCGUCUGAAAUGACCUCGCCGUUGACAGUAAUUUAAACUAUAAUCUUUCUUCCCUUCUUUGUCUCUUACUAACUGCUUACUUCAACCAUUUGUAAAACAUUCUAUUAAAGUAGAAGCAAGGCCAGUUCCAGAACAUUUUUCCACUCGCCGGUCGCGGUGGCUGUGCGGUUCUAGGCACUUCAGUCCGAAACCGCGUGACUGCUACGGUCGCAGGUUCAAAGCCUGCCUCGGGCAUGAAUGUGUGUGAUGUCCUUAGGUUGGUUAGAUUUAAGUUGUUCUAGGGGACUUGUGACCUCAGAUGUUGAGCCCCAUUGUGCUCAGAGCCAUUUGAACUAUUUUUUUCCACUCAAGCGGCCUGUGAUUACCCAUCCCCUUUCUCACCUUUGUCUGUAGUUCAUUUCUACCCAUUUGAGUUCUCGUUAUUAAAUGUGAUAACCAUCGUAUACAGAUCUUGCAUUUGGGUGCCACUCUCAUCUUGGCACUCCAAGCGGCCUCUUGUGUUGCCCGUGCCCUAAACUGGCUUCUGAGUACAAUGGUCAAUUUCCAGUAGUGCAGGUUUCCAAGAAUUCCUUUAUACUUGAAAGUAAAAAAUCAUCCUGAGCCAUGCUUGGAGCACAAUUUAGAAAAAUGGCAACUUUCGGGACUUUUUCGUGUGCUGCGUGUGGUUGACAAGCAGUGAAAUGAUUGGUUAUCGAUUACAUUUAGCGAAUUAUUGAAGGAUAACUGAUGAGCUAAUUGAAGGAGCACUAGCGACUCCGUUUUUGGAAACCAAUAUGAGCGAUCUGAAGGGUGUUUUACUACUCCAGGGUCCCUCAAUCUGACGUUUUACCUCGGCACAGCCACUCAGCGGCCGGUCGGCAUCGUGCAGUACUCUGGAACUGACAGCGGAGUUAGUUUCCUCUUUUUUAUUUCACCCAGUAAUGCUACAAGUUAUUUGGAAGUUAAGUUAAAUAAAUAAGACGCUUUUCUAAGCACCAUCAGCUUACUAGUUUACAUUUGGCAGUGGAAACAAAAGACAGCGGGGGAGAGACGGAAAUCUUUCAGCACAGAAGCCAUUAUUUAAUUUAAUAAAUAUAGCGAAUUUUCAUUUGACUCGGCUUCCUUAUUUGUGAAUAGUGUUUGGAUGACGUCCAUACACCAGAAGUGCCUGAUCGAUAACCUAGACUGUAAGCCUUGGUAUCAGACUGCUAUUAGGACACAUCCUCUGGUGUACAGAACGUGUAUUCUUGCUUAAGAUAUUUAUAUUGAGACACAUACUAUGGUAAUAAAAUCUACACGACUGUGUCUGUUACCAAACCGACAUAACAGUUGUUUGUAAAAUAGUCGCUAGUUGUUAUUGAAAUAUGUCAUCAGUGAAAUUUUACGAUUUUUUUCUUCAUAAGGACGCCAAUCGCUAUCAUGUAAGUGCCAUUUUAUUCAUGUGUUAAGUAUAAUGUAAAUACAUGUAAAGAAAUUACAUUUUCAUGGAGUUGUUUGCAAUGCAUGUUGAGUACAAUUUGUAAUUUACUGUAUCGUUCCAGGAAUACGAUAAAAUAUGAGUGUUGCGAAGACAGUUGUGUUAAAUGUUUAAAUACAAAUAUAACAUCAAUUGUGA